AUAUAUAUUUAAUAUGGACCAUUUUGAAUAACCAUCGGCAAAAUUGCUUUAUCUUAUCAAUGAAAUGAAUAGGCUGAACAUGAUCACACAAUUGGAGAAAUGCACUUUGAAAUGUAAGAGUAAUUAGUAAUGCUAGAGUUUGUUUUGGAAGAGCAUCAAGGAAUAUAUGAUCUUUUAAAACAAUAUCCAAAGAGCGACACAGAACUUGAAUUGGCUGAGGCCAUAAUAAUCUUAUUGAGAGGAGCACCCAAUUCGGAGUGUAAUAAUUCGUUAUAAAUGUAGAGUAAUAGUUUUAGGAUGACAGUCAAUAUUAAGCGGAUUUGUAAAUAUAGGAAGAUGUAAGAAAUAACUGAAUAUUAAUAUUAAAGCUUGAGUCUCCCUUGGGUAAUCAGCUCAUGAACAGAAAGAAGGGACAAUAGAAAAAAAAUAAGCAUCCAGACAGCAAGCCUUUUGACUUAAAUAAAAUACAAUGAUUUAAUUUUACAGGAAUGGGAUAUAAUAUAUACAUAUAAAU